AAUCUACCCAAACAAUGCACUACGUACCCGAGGUAUGUUGGAAUGCCUGCAAGUAUUUCGUCCACCAGUCAUGCCAUUUAAGGCCCUCACCGAGCUCUCGAAUAGACUGUCCCUGUGCACAGUGCCAACCCCAAGCAAUUUAUCGUUUUCUCAGGAAGAACUGGACUACGUGCUGUAUGGCUGCAUCUCCAGCACACCCUGUCAGACCUACCCACGUCACGCCCUCAGUGGCCUACGCCUCAGUGAUAUGACCAAUGAUGUCGGCGUUCGUGGCUGGAACAAAGCUAGUUUAACUUCAUACCCCAUGUACCCACCCUGGAGGACAUCAAGACUGGACCCACCCCCUCAUGUCCUGCCUGAAGAGCUUUGCAUCUACCCGACAAUGUUCGCCGGGGUGGUCCAUUAUGGAGUGUUCUGUCGCAAAGAGGUGGUCCGCUCAGGGAUCAGGUAUGGCCCCUUCAAGGGCAAGAUCGUCAACACCAGUGAAAUUAAGACAUUCGAUGACAACACCCACAUGUGGGAGACAGUGAAGGUUACCAACAGUGAAGGUUACCAGUGUGAAAGAUGCGGUAAAGUGUUCGCCUACAGAUACUACAGAGACAAGCAUCUCAAAUAUACAAAAUGUGUCGACCAAGGGGACAGGAAGUUUCCCUGUCACCUUUGCACAAGAUCGUUCGAGAAGCGGGACCGACUAAGAAUUCACGUGCUCCACGUACAUGAGAAACACAGACCACACAAGUGUUCCGUGUGUGGUAAGAGUUUCAGCCAGUCGUCCAGUCUCAACAAACACAUGAGGGUACACAGUGGUGAGAGACCUUACAAGUGUGUGUACUGCAGCAAAGCGUUCACAGCCUCCAGUAUUUUGCGGACCCAUAUACGUCAACACUCGGGCGAGAGACCCUUCAAG